CCGUGUCCGUUUCAGCCUCCGAAUCCCCCAUCCCCCGUUGCCUCGCGUUCCAAAGCCACAUGAUAUCCCCCAACCUCCCCCUCCGGCUCCGCCACCUCCGCCGCCUUCUCGCCGCCGCGCACUUGUCCUCCCCCGCCGCCGCAUACUACUCGCGCGCAUAUUCCCCGCCGUUAAACCGAGCUCAGGCCCCGCUCCCGCCCCCGCCUCCGCCCUCGCCGCGCCAUCUCCCGGACCUCCCAGCGCGGCGGUUCUCCUCCGGGCACGUCCUCCUCCCCACCAACCUCCAGGAGGAGCACGUCGCGUCUCUGUCCGACAGGAUCUACGACGCGCUGACAGAGACAGAGGAGGGCUCCAACGAGGGCACGGAGGCCGCCCUCGACGCGCUGGGCGCCGAGCUGACCACCCCGCUCGUGGCGGACGUGAUGCACCGCCUGCGCUACGAGGAGAAGCUGGCCUUCCGCUUCUUCGCCUGGGCCUCCCAGCAGGACAACUACGAGCACGAGCACCGGACGUACAACGACAUGAUCGACAUCCUCUCCGGCACGAGGUACAAGUCCCGCCAGUUCGGCGUCCUCUGCGACGUGCUCGACCACAUGAAGCGCCACGGCACCAGGUCGGUGCCCGUCGAGGACCUUCUGGGCAUCCUGCGCGCCUACACCGAGAAGCACCUCACCAACCUCAGGAAGCUGGCCAAGAAGCGGCGGGUGCGGAUGCGCACGCCGCCGGAGACCGACGCGCUCAACAUCCUCCUGGACGCGUUCUGCAAAUGCGGGAUGGUCAGGGAGGCGGAGACGGUGUUUGGUCGCGUGAGGAAGAAGCUGCAGGGAAAUGCCGAGACGUACAGCAUCCUGUUCUUUGGGUGGUGCCGCGCCAGGGACCCCAAGAAGGCCAUGAAGGUGCUCGAGGAAAUGAUUCAGAUGAAGCACACCCCAGAGAACUUCACGUACAUUGCUGCUAUUGACUCGUUCUGCAGCGCUGGUUUGAUCUCGGAGGCAAGAGAGUUGUUUGAGUUCAUGAGGACCGAGGGAUCGAAGAUAUCCUCGCCCACUGCUAAGGUAUAUGCUAUUAUGAUUGUUGCGCUAGCGAAAGCUGAUCGGAUGGACGAGUGCUUUGAGCUGAUUUCAGAUAUGAUUAAACGAGGCUGCAUGCCUGAUGUAUCAACAUUUAAAGAUUUGAUUGAAGGCAUGUGCUUGGUGGAUAAACUUGAUGCUGCUUACUGCAUUCUGGAGGAGAUGGGGAAGGCUGGGUUUCCUCCUGACAUUGUCACUUACAAUUGCUUUCUUGAGGUGCUUUGUAGUCUUCAGAAGGCUGAUGAUGCGCUCAAACUCUGCGAGAGGAUGAUAGAAGCACACUGUGAGCCCAGUGUUCAUACUUACAAUAUGCUGAUGGUGAUGUUUUUUGCGACGAGAGAGCCACACAGGGCACUCGAUAUUUGGAUUGAAAUGGACAAGAGAGGAUGUCGGCGUGCUGUUGAUACCUAUGAAAUAAUGAUUGAUGGCCUGUUUGAUUGCGGAAGAACGGAAGAUGCGACCACUCUUCUAGAUGAAGUAAUAAACCAUGACAUGAAACUGUCGUACAAGAAGUUUGAUUCUAUCAUGCUGCAAUUAUCAGCUGUUGGCAACCUUGGCGCAAUACAUCGGCUGUCAGAGCAUAUGAGAAAAUUUUACAAUGUCGCAAUGUCAAGACGUUUUUCGAUCACACAGAAGAAGAAGAGCAUUGGUAUUAGAAGGAGAUGAGUUCUGCAAGACUAAUUGUUAGCACGAAUGUCAAGAGCUUAUAUGAGGGCAAUUUGCAGUGGAAGAAGCAGCAUAUGAACCGAAGUAGUUUGCCAAGGAAACAGGCGAUAUACUCUGGAGUCUCGAGAGCCCGGCUUCUCUGGAACAUGUUACUAGCAGGCUUAUUGCAAGCAGAAUUUUACUCAUCCAGUUAGUAGAACAGAAAUGAGGGGGGGUUCCGGCUUAAAAAAGAAGAGGUUUAUGUUACCAAGCUUUGAUGACUGGAGCCAGGUGAAGGAUAGAUCAGGGGUGGCCAGUGUUAAGAACAGAGUGGGCAAAAUUUCGUGGCCGGGCUUGGCUUCCUAGCCCCAUAUCAGCAGUGCUGUGUGACCUGUGAGCAACUAGUCAGCCAGGCGCAGGACAGCAUAGGCGCAUAGCAUAGAAUAGCUGCAUGUUGAGAACCUGGAAUGUAAUGACGCAGAAGAUAUUUUGGGACUGAGAGCCCGGGAUACCAUCGUGCUGCAGCGCAAGCAAAUUAUCUGAACUCGUGGUUGCCAUGCCAUGGCAUGGCCUGUCCUCCGACGAGGUGGGUAUGCCAAGUUUUCAGGAGUUCCGAGGUAGAAAUACGGCUGGUCCUGACGGAAAAGAAACCUCUGCCAAGUUUUUUUUUUUUUUGAGACAUGAACCUCUGCCAAGUGACUUCAGUUUCCAUCUCAUCAGAGCCGACCCUUGGGCAGGGAUAGAAGGGUUUGUGCCACGCCUAAAUUGAGGCCAGUUAUUUCAAUAAAAAUAAGCCCAUUCUGUAACAUAUAUUGAUAUGCAAAUCCAAUGUCUUCGUCCUUGCAUACAA